CCGCGUGGAGACCGCCAGCCAUGUUUCCAGCCGCUCCCAUCACGAAAGCCAUCAUGUGCCAAUCCGAUCCACUUGUCUGACACCAACAGUGGAACAACCACGGCUCAGGCCCGCUAGUUCCUCACAUGCUUCAUCACGGGAUGACGCCUGCAUGGCAGAGACGGAAGGGCAUGUAGGGGUACCCGGCUGCGCGGAUUUCGACUCCCUCGUUAACAAACAUCAAAACGCGCGACCGCGUCCGCGGCUAUCUCAGAACCGAAACUGUUGCUCCGCGGCUAUCAGAUUGUGAUUUCUAGAGCCUCAAUCGCCUUUCAGCAUACACUGAUCGCUGUUUGACGCUCCAGCUUGAUCAAUAUGUCUAUGAAGGCAGUGGUGUUCCAUGGCGCUUUCGACGUGAAGGUCGAAGAACGGCCCAAACCCACCAUCAAGGAUGAUACGGAUGCCCUGGUGAAAGUGGAGCUCGCAGGACUCUGCGGCAGCGAAUUGCAUAUGUACAGAGGUCAUCAAAAGACCAAGACUGGACAUAUCAUGGGCCAUGAGUUUGUUGGCGUAGUUGAUUCUGUGGGCCCGAAGGUGACCAAAUACAAGCCUGGGGACAGAGUUGUGUCUGUAUUUGCGACAGUAUGCCAAACCUGCUGGUUUUGUCAACGUGGACUCGGAAAUCGUUGCGCCAACUCUCUCGCGUUUGGUACCCAGCAACUUGAUGGUGGCCAGGCCGAAUACGUUCGUGUCCCGUUUGCAGAAGGCACAUUACAGCAUGUUCCACCCAAUCUAGAUGAACGUCUCCUGGUCAUGAUGUGCGACAUAUUCCCAACAGGAUACUACGGCGCAAUGAGAGCGAUCGAAUUCAUCGGUAAACCUCUGCUACCCCAGGCAAUCCAGAACGGAUCAACCCUUGAGAAGCGAGCUGCAACCUUUGAGCCCCAGGCGCUGAAAGACACCGUAUUUGUGGUUCUAGGGUGCGGACCCGUAGGCAUAUGCGCAGUUAUUACCGCAAUAACUAAAGGCGUCGGCACCGUAUACGUAGUAGAUGCCGUGGACGAGCGACUAGCAGAAGCGGAAGCUGUGGGUGGAAUACCGCUGAAGCUCGGCCGCGACGAUAUCCCAGACAUUGUUAUGAAAGCUACAGAUGGGCGUGGUGCCGACGCGGUAGUCGAAGUAGUAGGCAACAAACCGGCACUAAAGUCUGCUAUCGAUCUAGUCCGAGUGUGCGGCAUCAUCUCAUCGAUAGGAUUCCACCAGAGCGAGCUUCCCUUCACAGCGUUCGAAGCGUACCAGAAGAAUGUGACGCUGAAUUUCGGGCGGGCACCGAUCAGUACGCUAUUCCCAGAGGCGCUGGAGUGUCUAAGGAAAAACAAGGACAAGGUCGCAGCUUUCAUUUCGCACGAGAUACCGUUGGCGCAAGCACCUCAUGGGUAUGACAUUUUUGAGAAAUACCAAGCCCGCAAAGUUGUUUUUAAAGUAUGAACACAGCAGCCCUGCAAUCUAAGCCAUCAAGGUAUUAAGAGUAGAGCACCUAUUUCCUCCAGGUAUAUCACACUGCACAGCCACCCAGUUGCUCGACUAUCGUCUCUAGAUGUGCUGUGCAAUUUAGAUCUACAAGAGCUACAGGGAGAUCAUUUACUACCGUGAACUUAGCCAUUGAGCUACUUUCGAGGCUUUGUAAUUACAAUAGCAAUCUAUAGAUGUUCUGUCAUGAUAGAAAAUGAGAAGAAUCUGCAAUC